ACUCUACCGCUGCGCCACCAGGCCGCUCUUACCACCAUUGUAGAACAGAGAAACCCAGGGGUGCAGGUGCAUAGACCAUGGGAUUCAUUGCCACAGUCGGCUGUGGAGGCCAAGUCAAAAGAUUUUUUUAAAGUGGUGAUUGAUAUGUUCUUGAUUAGUGCGGGUGUCUGGGGUUACGGGGACAAGGCAGGAGAAUGGGGUUGAGAGGGAAAGAUAAACGAUUGAGUGGCGUAGUAGACAUGAUGGGCCGAAUGGUCUAAUUCUGCUCUGAGAACUUAUGAACAUAUGAAUGAAAGUGUUGAUUCAGGUGGAUAGGGCGGAGAGGAAGGCAUUUAGUAUUCUUACCCUCAUCAGCCGGGGUAUUGAGUACAAGAGUUAUGCUAUUGGAUGAAGUGUACCUGGACUUUCAGAAAGCAUUUGAUAAGGUCCCACAUAGGAGAUUAGUGGGCAAAAUUAGGGCACAUGGUAUUUGGGGUAGAGUGGUGACAUGGAUAGAAAAUUGGUUGGCAGACAGGAAACAAAGAGUAGGGAUUAACGGGUUCCUUUCAGAAUGGCAGGCAGUGACUAGUGGGGUGCCGCAAGGAUCGAUUCUGGGGACCGCAGCUAUUUACAAUAUACUUCAAUGAUUUAGAUGAAGGGAUUACAAGUAACAGUAGCAAAUUUGCAGAUGACACAAAGCUGGAUAGCUGUGUGAACUGUAAGGUGGAUGCUAUGAGAAUGCAGAGUGAUGCUGUUCAAGAGGUUGGUAAGGCUACAAUUGGAGUACUGUGUAAGUGUCCUGUUAUUUGAAGAAUAUCACUAAACUUGAAAUGGUACAAAAACAAUCUGAUAGAAAAAAUCUUUUAGAAGUGUACUAAAUCAUAGGAGGAAUAGAUCAGGUAAAUGUGUAGAGUCUCUUGUUCAGAGUAAGGGAAUCGAGAACCAGAGGACAUAGGUUUAAGAUGACGGUGGGGACAGAUUUAAUAGGAACCCGAGGGGUAACUUUCUCACAAAGGGUGGUGGGUGUAUGGACCAAGCUGCCGGAGGAGGAAGUUGAGGCAGGUAUUAUCAUUUAAGGAACAUUUAGACAGGUACAUGGGCACGUUAGAGUAAAGGGCCUGCCCCACUGUAUGAGGUAAUUCAAAAGUUCUCCCGAGUUUCCCCUGAUUCAAACUUGGAGAUUUACGGUUAUAGCCACUCGUAGGUACUCCGUCCUCUCCUGGACAUUUUUCAACAUGUUGAAAAAACAUCAUGAGCUUACCGCAUUUCCCGAGUACCUGCCGUUAACGUUACGAGCCGCUACGAGACGUCCCGAGCUUCGACGUACCUGCUACGUACAAUCUACGUACUUACCACGAGUUCGAUUUUUUUUUAAACUCGGGAGAGCUCUUGGGUAAACUUGUAUAGUGGGACAGGCCCUUUAGAGGGAUAUGGGCCAAACGCGGGCAGGUGGGACUACUGUAGAUGGGACAUGUUGGCCGGUGUGGGCAGGUUGAGCCGAAGGGCCUGUUUCCACACUGUAUCACUCUAUCAGUGCUGACUCACUUGCCUAUUGUAUGGGUCAGUUAAUGAUUCAACAGCAUCAUAAGAUACCAUGUCCCUUAUCCUUCCACGGCAAAGGAAGGCAAGAGCCUGGGCCAGGACAACCUCUUCUGGAUCUGCUGGCCAGACGAACACUGCACAAUGGCGUUUAAUGGAAAAUACAAACUGCAGAGCCAGGAAAACUUUGUGCCUUUUAUGAAAGCUCAUGGUAUCCCUAAUGACCUGAUCGAGAAAGGGAGAUACGUCAAGAGUGUUACUGAAAUUGUCCAAACUGGAGACCACUUCAAGGCCACUGAAACCAAGGGCAGUGAAACGAUUGUUAAUGAGUUUACCAUUGGAGAGGAGAUGGAAGUCCCGGGUCCCACUGGGGAACAGAUUAAGGGUUUAGUCAACGCCGUGGGGAACAAGAAACUUCUUGCCAAGAUGCAAAACAUUACUGCGGUCAUAGAGAUAAUCGGAGACCAAUUGGUUAUUGUAAUGACCGUUGGGGACGUCGCUUUCAAGAGAAUCAGCAAGAGGGUUAGUUGAAGGAUGCAGAGGACCGUGAGCUACCCGCGGAAUAACAUUAAAAAUAAAACCUUAUGACAAUGGCUUUUUGUCUGACUCUUUGUGCAUAUCUUGCAUGGCAUAGUACGGAUCAUAAUCAAUGAUGGGCACAAAAUCUGGGGUAAGUAAUCGGGUCAGGCAGCAUCCCUGAAGGAAAAGGAUGGGCGACGUUUCCAGUCGGGGCUGCCUACUUCAGACUGCCAUCCGAGCGAGUCCAGGAGGACAGGAGAAGGUGUCAUCGCUGGAUGGUGAGAAUUCCUUCCCAUAGAAGAAAGCACGCAGGCGGGGCAACGGAAACCUGCACGUCUUUGGAGUGUGGGAGGAAAUCGAAGCACGGGGAGAAAACCCACUUAAAUGGAGGUUAGCAGCACAACUAUUUGUAUCACCCUCAAUGCCUAUGAGUAGAUUCCCAAUGGGUACCCAUGUAUGGCCCAAAAACAAAAUAGUGUCAAGGUGUAAAUCAUGCCAUUGCUUCUAUGGAUGCCCCAUAGAAAGCAUUUUAUCGGGCUGCAUGGUUUGGGAACAGCUCCAUCCAGGACUACAAUGAAUUGCGGAGAAUUGUGGACGCAGCCCAGACCAUCACACAAACCAAACCUCCCUACCUAGGACUCCAUCUCUUCCUCACGCUGCCUCGGCAAGGCCAGCAGCGUAAUCAAGGGCGAGUCGCCCCCUGGCCACUCCCUCGUCUCCCCUCUCCCAUCAGGUAAAAUAUAUAGAAGUGUGAAAACGCACACCUCCAGAUUCAGGGACAGUUUCUUCCCAGCUGUUAUCAGGCAACUGAACCAUCCAAUCAACAAGUAGAGAACAGUACUGAGCUACGAUCUACCUCAUUGGAGGCCUUCCGAAUAUCUUCAAUCAGACUUUACUGGCUUUAUCUUGCACUAAACAUUAUUCAAGUUAUUCCCUUUAUCAGGUAUCUGCACACUGUGGAUGGCUCGAUUGUAAUCUUGUAUAGUCUUUCUGCUGACUGGUCAGCAUGCAACAAAGGCUUUUCACUGUAGCUCAGUACAUGUGGCAAUAAACUAAACUCAACUCAAUUCAUAUCAACUUGCUGAAAAUCUGGUAUGUGGCAGCAUGAUGGUGCAGUUAGUAGAUCCAUUAUUCCACUAGUGCCAAAGACCCAGAUUGAACCCUGAUAUCCCAUGUUAUACAUGUGGAGCUUGCAGGUUCUUCCAGUGGGUUUCUUCUGGGUGCUCUGGUUUCCUCCCACAUUGUAAAGAGGGGCAGGUUCACAAGUUAACGUUCAGAAGUUAUAGGAGUAGAAUUAGGCUAUUCGGCCCAUCGAGUCCACUCCGCCAUUCAAUCAUGGCUGAUCUCUGCCACCUAAUCCCAUUUUCCUGCCUUCUCCCCAUAACCGUUCUAAUUAAGAAUACGUCUAUCUCUGCCUUAAAAAGUAACCACUUCUCUUGGCCUCCACAGCCCUCUGUGGCAAUGAGUUCUACGGAUUAACUACCCUCUGACUAAAGAAGGUUGGUGGGUGAAUUUCUCCAGUGUGUAGGUGAGUGAUAGAAUCAGGGGGAAUAGAUGAUGGGAAUGUGCCGAGAUUAAAAAAUGGGAUGAAAAUGUUUGGGUUAUUGUAAGUGAGUCGUUGAUUGUCGACAUAGACUCAAUGGGCCAAAGGGCCUGUUUAUGUCCUGAGUAACUCUCUCACACGUUGACUCAAUGAACAUAGAACAUAGAACCACACUGCACAGGAACAGGCCCUUCGGUCCACAAUGUCUAUGCUGAACAUGAUGCCAAUAAAUAAACUAAUUUUGAUCGUUAUUCCUCCAUUCCCUGCUUAUUCACGUGCCUAUCUAACAUCCACUUAAUCACUGCUGUUGCAUCUAUCGCCACUACCACCCAUGUCAAUAUGUUCCAGGCAUCCACCAUCCUCAUUGAUUCAUAGUCAUAGAGUGAUACAGUGUGGAAACAGGCCCAUCAGCCCAACUGGCUCACACCGGCCAACAUGUCCCAGCUACACCAGUCCUACCUGUGCCCGCCUUUGGUCCAUAUUCCUCCAAACCUGUCCUAUCCAUGUACCUGUCUAACUGUUUCUUAAAUGUUAGGAUUCUCUAUGUAAAAAACAUCCCAUCUUCCCACCAACCAUCAGGCUCUUGAACACAACACAACACUCACCUGAGCAACGAUGAUCUUCUACGGACUACAGAUCUCGGUUUUUGGAUUGCCAUGGAAACCUAGUGUCACGGAGAACAAGUGCUAGAAUAAAGGCGACUUUUAUAUACAGAGGGCGGUGGGUACAUGGAACGAGCUGUUGUAGGAAGUGGUAGUAUCAAUACGUUCCUAAAGCAUACCCCCCUAGUCUAGUUCAGUAAAACCACUGACUCAAGCACUGGACCAACUAAUCUUUAUUUAAGAACACAAAUUCCCCUAUACUAUACCUAAACCACCGCAGGUUCGAUCCUUGUCUUUGCCUGGCCAAGCCCUUCAGCCUUGUGCAAGCAGACACUGCCCACACGGUCACGUUGUCCUUAAGCGCCUUCCAGGAGAUCGACACCGAUAUAAAUGGGGCUGCCUUUUAUAGGUCCACAAACCUUGAGGGACGAAACUACAUGGGGGUGGUUCCCCUUACAAUGCAAUCAUACAUAUCAAUUGCAUCAAUACAUUAUUGACAGUUCCCCAACCCAAUUACGGAGAGUCUUCAAUAAGACUUCAAACAAGAGGACAUGACUUCAAACAAGAGGACAUGACUCAAACAAGAGGACAUGACUUCUUAAUUGAGGGACAGAAGUUUAGGGGUAAUAUGAGGGGGAACUUCUUUACUCAGAGAGUGGUAGCGGUGUGGAAUGAGCUUCCAGUGGAAGUGGUGGAGGCAGGUUCAUUGGUAUCAUUUAAAAAUAAAUUGGAUAGGCAUAUGGAUGAGAAGGGAAUGGAGGGUUAUGGUAUGAGUGCAGGCAGGUGGGACUAAGGGGAAAAAAAAAAUUUGUUCAGCACAGACUUGUAGGGCCGAGAUGACCUGUUUCCGUGCUGUAAUUGUUAUAUGGUUAUAUGGUUAAUAAUGUUUCUUACAGAAGCUUCUGGAAGGAAGGUAGUCAACUGAAUAAUACAACAUUUACCCUGGAAAAGAAAACAAUUCUGCCUGGUCUUAACACUUUGGCCAAUCAACAAACAGCAGGGUAACUGUCUUGCAACAUUAUUUACAUUAUUUACAAUUCCUUUGCAGCAAUCCAAUCACAGCAAUGCAUUUAAGUUUCAUUGCAGAGUUUUAAUACAGUAGAGCUAAUAGGAGUUGAUGUUUCAAUCCCUGUAAUAAGUCGGUACUCUUGUUAUUUGCAGUGGGAUUGGAGUGGUGAAAGUAGGGGAGGUACGUCAUCGGGGCCAUCAGGUGGGCACCCUCCUUCUUUGACGUUUCAUUGAUAAGCCCACAACAUCUCCAGAGGGCUCAACGGUGAUACCUGGCAUCCCAGUUACACCCAGUUACACCCCCCUCAGUUCCAUACCCUCCUGUCUUCAUCUUGCAGCCCAAUUGUUAUCUCUCCUUUUGACCCAAAUCCAAUUGCUGCUUAUUUCUGCAGAAUUUGAUAAUGAUUUGAUUGCUUGUUGGAGGGAGCGACCCCUCACCCCCAUUUUCUUUAAUAGCCUGGUCAUAGAUGUGGCAACAAAUCCCCUGCAUCCCACUUCGACAGGGAAAAUCUUGGUCUUCCAGCCAUUCUGGGAAGUUUCAGUUGCCAUUUCAGAGUAUUUGGUCUUUUUCCUCUCAUAAGCUUCUUCAACACCAUCUUCCCGUGGAACUGUCAAUUCCACAAUGUACGCCAACUCGGCUGUUGUGGACUACAGGACCAUGUCUGGCCGGAGUGUUGUAGCCACAAUGUCUGGGGAAAACACAAGUCUUUUUUCUAAGUCCACUUCCAUUUUCCAAUCCCGAGCAGGCUGCAGAAUGCUUGCAUCUGUUUACAAAUGUUUGAAUACAUAUUAUCAAUUAGGGGGAAAUGAGGAGAACACCUGGAUCUUUCACCAUCCUGCAUAUCAAUCUGCGGCUCAGAGUGGCCAGCGCCAUCCACAGCCUAUAAUUUUCCACUGACAAAGGUUAAGCAAUUUUGACAAAUGCAAGGAAUCUACAUUUUAUAGUGUCUUUAAUUUGGUCAAUAUUAACAGUAGAUGUAGGUCCAAUUAUAAUGUUUUUAUAGUAGGUAACUUGGUUGGCAUGGAUUAGUUGGGCUAAGUAGCCUAUUUCAAUGCCAUGUAACUUGAUAAUUCAGGGAGACUCAAGGAGCUGAAUGCCCCACGCCUGCUCACAGUUGUGAUGUUCUUACUUCAUCCCCUCUGUAUUGAUUCCUAAUCUUUCAAUUCCCUUAUUUUCCAAAUCCACUGGAAUAUAGAAGGAUGAGAAGGUAUCUUAUAGAAACAGAGAAAAUUCGUCAAGGAUUGGACAGGCUAGAUGCAGGAAAAAUGUUCCCCAUGUUGCCCAGAACCAGGGGUCACAGUUUAAAAUAAGGGGUAAGGCAUUUAGGACUGAGAUGAGGAAAAACACCAUCACCCAGAGAGUUGUGAAUCUGUGGAAUUCUCCGCGUCACGGUGGCGCAGCGGUAGAGUUGCUGCCCUACAGCGAAUGCAGCGCCAGGGUUCGACCCUGACGACGGGCGCUGUCUGUACGGAGUUUGUACGUUCUCCCCGUGACCUGCGUGGGUUUUCUCCGAGAUCUUUGGUUUCCUCCCACACUCCAAAGACCUUCAGGUUUGUAGGUUAAUUGGCUUGGUAAAUAUAAAAAUUGUCCCUAGUGGGUGU